AUGGUAAAAGAUACUAAACUUUAUGAUAUUCUUGAAGUUAGUCCAAGUGCUACAGAGCCUGAAAUAAAAAAAGCUUAUAGAAAGCUUGCUCUUAAAUAUCAUCCAGAUAAGAAUCCAAAUGCUGGUGAUAAAUUUAAAGAAAUUGGGCACGCUUUUGAGAUUUUAUCAGACAGUCAAAAACGUGAUGUUUAUGAUAGAUUUGGCGAAGAAGGUUUAUCAGGUGAAGGUGGUAUGGGAAUGUCAGCUGAAGAUUUAUUCACUAGUUUCUUUGGCGGUGGUAUGUUUGGUGGUGGUAGGUCUGGUGGACGGCAAUCAGGGCCUAGAAAAGGAAAAACUAUGAAACAUAUUUUAAAGGUUUCUCUUGAAGAUUUGUAUUCGGGAAAAGAAUCAAGAUUAGCAUUAAGCAAAAAUGUUAUAUGUUCUAAAUGUGAAGGAAAAGGCGGCAAAGAAGGUGCUGUUAAAAGCUGUCCAACAUGUGAUGGUACAGGUGUUAAGGUUACCUUGAGAACUUUAGGUCCAAUGGUACAACAAAUUCAACAAGCUUGCCCUCAGUGUCAAGGUGAAGGUGAAGUAAUUAAAGAUAAGGAUAAAUGUAAACAAUGUAAUGGUAAAAAAAUUAUCAAUGAACGUGAAACACUUCAAGUUCAUGUUGAUAAGGGAAUGAAGAAUGGUCAAGAAAUUACAUUCGCUGGUAAAGCUGAUCAGGCUCCUAAUACUGAACCUGGCGAUGUUGUAAUCAUACUGGAAGAAAAACCUCACGAUCGUUUUACAAGAAGAGGUGAUGACUUAUUUUACACCGCAAAGAUUGAAUUAUUAACCGCCUUAGCAGGUGGUCAAUUUACUAUUAAACAUCUUGACGAAAGAUUUCUUUUGGUUACAAUUCACCCUGGCGAAGUAGUUAAACCUGGUGAAUUAAAAUCAAUUCCAGGUCAAGGUAUGCCUUCACAUCGUCACCAUAACUAUGGUUCUUUAUUUGUUAAAUUUGAUAUCGAAUUUCCACCACCACAUUGGACCGAUGAUGCAAACAUUUUAAAACUCGAAAAAAUCUUACCACCAAGACGACAAAUUGAAUCAUCAGAUGAAGUAAGAGAUGAGGUAACAUUAACAAGUUUGGAUGACAUUCAACAACAAACAGCAGAAAAUCAUAUGACUAAUGGUAUACAAGAUGAGGAUGAAGAAGGUCAUGGACCAAAUGUUCAAUGUGCUCAACAAUAA